AUGGCCAAAAAAAAACCUGCACCCGAGGAGGAGGAAGUUGUAAAAAAUAAUGAGGGGCUUUUACGAGAAGAGUACUUUGUACUAAAUAAUGAGAUCGAAACACUUUUCAAAGAAAUAUCGGACAUGCAAAAUGAAUUAUGGCUUGCUGAACAGUCUAUCCGAGAACAAAAAAUUAAAAAUAAUGUAUAUAGUUCGUAUUCAGAGAAGAAGAAUUCAAAGCGUUUAAAAAACACAAUAACGUUAAAAGAUUAUUAUUUGUUCAACUUAAAUGAAUUAAAGAGGGAGAGAGACGAAAUGUUAGCCAUGUAUGCUAGAAUAAAGGAUGAAUUACAAGAUGUUUUACUUCAGGAAAAAAAUCUGCUGGAACAGACCAAAAAAGAGUUAGAAUCAACAGCAGACAUUCAAUUAAUUCGUCAAACACAAGAAGCAGAAAUUAAACGUCUGGAACAAGAAAUUAAAAAUGCACGCAACUGUCAAUCAAUAAAACUUCAAGAACUUAAAGAUAUAUCUACCGAGAGACAGAUGGAAUUAGAAAAAGAAGCUAAGAUAAUCUUAGAUGGUGUAACAAAAGAAAGUCAAAAGAUUUUAAACAAGCUGGUCGUUGAAUAUGUCAAUAAGAUAUGUAAAGAAAAUGGAGAAUUGCAUAAAGAUGUACUAAAAAAAUUAGAAUUAAUCAAAGCUAUGGAGAUAGAAAAAUCAAACUUAGAGAAACAAAAUGAGUUGAUCAGGCGUAAACAAAUGUUUGCUUAUGAUCUGGGGUAUGCUGAACAUAAACGUCGUGAAGGUUUAGCACAAAUCAUCAGUUAAUCAUAUCUCUCAGAGAAUAAACACACAAAAUAUCAAAUGGGCAUUAAUUAAUUAUUAUUAAAAAGACGAGUUUGAUUGAACUGAUGUUUUCAUUUUAUUCUAAUGAAAAAAAG